UCAGUUAGCUCAGUUCCCAGUUAUCAAGUUAUAUAGGUAGGUCAUACAAUCACCAAGGGAAAACUAAGGAAAAUCUAGAAUGUCUUCUCUGCCGACCAAAUCCUGGAGCAUUCAGUUACGCGAACUGGUCACCUCGCCCUUUGCCAUAAUCGCAUUGACCUGUGUCCUGGGUUAUGUUACCUACAUAAAGACCAGGCGUCAGCACGGAACCUACGAUGAUGAGGACUACGAAAGGGAGGGGCACCGCAAGCUGCCAGCUCCACUGACGGGUCUACGGCUCAAUCGAAAGCAGUUGGCCAAGUAUAACUCGGAGCGUCCGGACAAGACCUAUUUGGUGGCCCUCCUCGACGUGAUCUACGAUGUGUCCAGUGCAGCCCAUGACUUUGGACCCGGUGGUAAAUAUGCCAAGCUAUCGGGAACCGAGGUGACUGGGUUCAUAAAGAAACAAGCCUUCUUCGAAAUGCGUGACUAUGAAACAUAUUUGACCGAAUGGCAAAUGAUGUUGGAGGAUUUCUUCUAUCCUGCUGGCAAGCUAAUCGAUGGUGAAAGGGAAGUGUUCCUCGAGGGUAAAGUUAAAGUGAACAACAUGAAGGAUAUUGAGGAGAAGGACAAGGAAGAAGAGAAAGAACUGACUCAGGAACCAGAAGUGAAACCAGAACUGAUUCCAGAACCGAUUCCAGAGCUUCCCGACUUGGACUUGGGUCCACCAGAUGAGGCUAUCAAUUCUGACUGCGAUUCCCUACGCACUGCCUAUGAUUUUCCACCAGGACAAGAUGAUCGUCUUGAUGAGCUGAAUGAUGAAGACGAUGAAAAAGAUGCUAAUGACAAGGAAGAUUUCCCUAAAGCUGGCCAGGAGGACAAUGAUGGCAAUGCCCCAACAGAUGAAGCUCCCAAUCAGACCAUCUGGAAUGACACAGAUGUAACGAUGGUGGCCACUUCGUAAAUCCCCUCACCUUCACGCAUCACCCAUCGAAAUCCAGCCAAAAGUGGCACUUAACCCAUCAUAAGCCUCCCAUAUAUGAACUUAAGCCUCAGCCAUAAUAACACAAACAUAAAUAUAUUUCGGAUUUUAUGUGUAUCUGCAUUUGCAGCACUUACACAGCGAGAACCCAUCAUCAAAACUUUUUUACACAGCUCAAAAUUGUACAUUGCUUGAGGUUCAGUGGGGAUUUGUAAUAUAUUGUUAUGAAAUAAAUGGGUUAAUGUGUCAGAGA